AUGGCGGCGCUCGCGCCGGCCCGCGCCGCCGACACCAUCGCGGCGACGCGGCUCCACGUCGGCGACGCGUCGCGGCCGCCCGACCUGUCCAAGGUCCGCGCGUUCGUCGACCGCGUCGCGCCCGCCGUGGACCGCGUCGCGAUCGCCGUCGGCGUGCCCGGCGUCGAGGAGCGCACGCUCGAGGCCCUCGGCGAGCUCGCCGCCGGCGUCCGCGCCGCGUGCGCGGGCGCGGCCGCGCCCGUCGACGUCGUGCCCGUCGAGCCCUGGGGCAACUUCCUGCCGGCCCUGAACGCGCUCACGGCCCACGCGGCGCGCCGGGGCUACGGCUUCAUCCUCUUCGCCUCCGUCGAGGCCGCCGCGGACCCGGCGACGGCGCGGCGCCUCCGCGCGGAGCUCGACGGAGCCGACGCGCUCGUCGCGGGCGCCGCGCUGCCGGGCCACGACUUCUCGCCGGGCGAGCGGCCCCUGACGGGCGUCACGACGCCCUGGAACACGCUCGCCCUCUGGCGCGUGCCGUCGCUGGCGCUCCUGGGCUUCCCGCUCGUCGGCGAGGGGCUCCACGCCGGCGCGGCCGGCGGCGUCGAGGAGGUCUCGGCGAUCCACGCCCUCGCCAAGGUCCACCCGGCCAAGGCCCGGGCGCUCCUCGUCGCAGUGCCCGGCGUCGCCUGGGCGACGGACUUCGACGACGAGAAGCGCGCCGCGUGGCACGCGAAGAAGAUGGCGUCCAAGGAGUCGCGGCCCGCGGCGCACCUCGCGCUCCUCGCCGCGGAGGCCGGCCCGCCGACGACCGUGCUCCACGUCGUCGCGUCGCCGAUGCUGCGAAUACUCGGGUUUGCCUGCGCGUCGAUCGCCGCGGCGCAAGAUGCGACGCCGGCGCUGGCCAGUUUGAGCCUCGGGACGCCCGCGGCGCUGGCGCCUGUGGCGAGCGAUGCCGGCGCCGCGCCGCAGCCUUCGCGGGCGGCGGCGGCGGCGACGACGGCGUCGCUUUUGGACGAGACGCGCCAGCGCAUGUCGGCCUUCAAGAGCGACGCGAACGCCGACGCCGUGCGGCGGAUCAUGGAGGCGACGGAGAUCCUCAAGCGGCGAAACGCGGCGCUCGUCGCCGCGAACGCCGCGGCCGCCGAGGCGCCGGCCGCCGCCGAGGCGCCGGAGGCGCCGGUUGUUGUCGCCGAGGCGGCGGAGGCGCCGGUCGUCGCCGAAGCGGCGCCCGCGGAGAUUCCGGCGCCCGAGGCGGCCGCGGCGGCCGCGGAGCCGGACGCGGAGGCUUUCGGGUACGCGCCGGCCGACGCGGCGCACCACGACCCGCACCACGACGAGCCGCCGGCCAUGCCGGAGCACGACGCGGCGCACGAGCUCGAGGUCGUUCCCGAGCCGCCCGCGGAGCCGGAGCCGCCCGCGGAGCCGGAGACGCCGGUACGCGACGAGCUCCCGCCGCCGGAGCACGACGAGCUCCCGGCGCCCAUCCCCGAGCUCCCGGAGCCCGUGGAAAACGACGAGCACCCGGCGCCCAUCCCCGAGCUCCCGGUGCCCGAGCCGCCGGAGGCCGAGCCCGUCGAAUCGCCCGCGGCGCCCGCGGAGGAGCCCCCCGUCGUCCUCGUGCGCCCGCCGGCGGAGCCCGCCGAGGAGCUCGACGACCACGCCGCGAACCACCCCGGCGAGUUCGACGGCCACGACAUCCACGCCAUCGUCGGCGCCAUGCACGACUACCACCGCGCCAAGGGCGAGGACGCGGACCCGCCGCCGCCCGCGGCCUUUGCGCACGAACCGUCGCUCGACGCGCGCGUCGCCGCGGCCGCGGAGCUGCCGGGCGUCGCGUUCGCGGAGCGCGGCGCGGCGCCCGCGGUCCUCGACGCGGCGGCGGCGGAGGAGCCCGCGGCCGCGGCGGCGUCGGCGCGCUUCGACGCGCCGCAGGAGCCCGCGGAGCCCGCGCACGAUCCCUUCGCCACGGACGAGCCCCCGGCCUUCGAGGCGGAGGCGGCCGAGGAGCCCGUCGCGGCGGAGGACCCCGUCGCGGCGGAGGACCCCGUCGCGGCGGAGGACCCGCCGCCCGCGGACCCCGCGCCGACGGAGGACCCCGCGCCGGCGGCGGACCCCGCGCCGGCGGCCGCGGAGGCCGCGCCCGCGCUCCAGGACUGGUCGCGCGCCGCGCCCGCGGCGCGGCCCGACGCCCCCGCGCCCGACGCCGCGCCGCCGGAGGAGAGCUACCGCGACGUGCUCGCUCGGAAGCACGCCGCGCGCCACGAGGCCGCGACGUCGCCGCUCGGCCUCGCGUACCUCGAGCCGGCGAAGCUCGUCGCGGGCCUCGCCCUCGCCUGCUUCCUCCUCUGCGGCUGCCGCCUCUGCUACCGCCGGCGCCGCAAGGCCGCCGCGCCGCCGCCGCCCGCGCCGUCGCCGAAGCCGCGGAAGCCGCCGCCGCGGCGCGGCCGCGGCGCCGCGCCCGUCGCGGUCGCGAAGAAGGUGCCCAUGGUCGCCGACGACCUCGACGACGACUGGGACGACCUCGAGGGCGGCGACGCGUCGCCGCCGCCGCGGCCGGCGGCCGCGAAGCCGGCCCGGUCGCGGUCGACGACGCCGCGGCCCGCGUCGCCGCCGCCGCCCGCGUCGCCGCCGAAGAAGUACGCGUCCAAGGUCGAGGAGAUCUUGGACGACGACGUCUGGGGCGCCGACGGCCUCGACGACAUCCUCAACGACUGCUGGGACGCCGAGGACGGCCUCGCGCCGGCGACGCCCGCGAAGUCGCCCUACGAGAAAUUUCGCGCGACGAUGUCGACGUGGAGCGAGUACUUUGGGUAUGGUAAAAAAACUUUACCGGGCCCGGACGACGUCCUGGGCAUGUCCGCGACGGAGAUCCUCCACCUCCCCCAGCUCCAGUACCAGCUGCUGUUCCUCGCCGCGGUGCACGGCGCGUGCUCGAAGCUCUUCCGCACGUACGCGACGGGCGCGUUCCAGGCCAAGUCCGCGGUCAUGGCCCACUACGUGCCAUUCCUGAUCUGCUUCGUCGGCAUGGCGGCCUACGGCGACUACCUCUGGCUCGCGGACGAAACAUUAAGCGACGGCUUCGAUAAGACGUGGGGCUUCCACGCGGGCGCCGAGGCGAUCGUCGUGUCGAUGCUCGCCGUGCAGCUCUACGACAUCCCCGUGUCCCUGAGCGUCGACGACCUGCGCGUGCCGACCUUCAUCGCCCACCACUUCGCCGUGCUCUACCUCGCCGUCGUGGUCCUCAAGUACCGCUGCUUCUACUACUACGCCGUCUACUUCCUCGGCGUCAUCGAGACGUCGAGCCCGUUCCUCGCGCUCGUCGACGCCUUCCGCGACUUCCCCGCGCUCGCGGAGGCGUACCCGCAAACCAACGAGGCCAUCCGCUACGCCUUCAUCGUCGCCUUCUUCCUCGUCCGCGUCGUCUUCUGGGUGCCGUGCUCGGCCGCGUUCUGGCGGGACGCGACGGCGCUGCUGGACCCGGCGACGCCGUCCCACGGCGUGCCCGACGCCGUGGUCUACUCCGUGCUCCUGCUCAACCUCGGCCUGACGCUGCUCCAGUUCCACUGGGCGAGCCUCAUCGGCAAGGCCGCGAAGAAGAUGCUCCUCGGCGACACGUCGGACCGCGCGGGCGAGGCCAAGCGGAAAUGAGCACCGCGCGACGGCGCCGGACACCGCGGCGACGGCGCCGGACCGCGGCGCCGGCGCGGCGAGACGUGCUGCGGCCCCUGCGGCCCGUGACGGCCGGCCCCCGGCCCGAGGCGACCCGGGGCUCGCGGCGCGCCCUAACGUGGCAUACCCCGACUCGCCCGCGCGCCGUAACACAGCAUACCCCGCU